CCCUUUCCUCCUCAGUCUUAAAUCUAACAAAAUUAAAAAAACGGGAGCUGCACUCCUUCAAGUGACUCGACAACUUUCUGCCAAAGCGGGACAUCAUCCGAGGGUGGACUCCUGCGUGUGAACCCGCCCAAAAACCGCCAUCCACUCAAAAGUCCACUCAUCGAGGGGCACCGACUGUCUCAAAGUCGCAUUCUUUAUUUUCUUCGGAUUUUAUCUGUGUGAGCUUCGCGCUUCAACGCGGGACUCGAAGAAACCCUGUUAUCCAUAAGCCCCUCGGGUUUGGCGUGACAUUGCGCAAGACCGGACAGGGAACUAGGAUAUCGAUUCGUCAAACCUCGACUUGGAAUUCCCAUCAUUUUAAACAACCAAAAAUUAACACUAGCAGUUCGUCACCAUGACCGGUGCCACACCUAUUGAUAUUUCCACUCGGCAGACGACCUCGGUGUCGCCGCCGGGUCAACAGGCAUCUAAUCUGACCUCGGCGCUGCAAAGAGCGGGCAACGGUGAUCGUACAGGCAGCUUUUCACAUCUUCCCGGAGGAGGACUCGGCGUGUUCAAGGCACCACCACCUCGUAAGGACUCGAUUGGAGCAGCCACAGCACAAUGGGGGAACGGGACGAAACCUAUCUCGAUGUCGGGAUCCGCCCGCGACAAAGGUCGCCGUGAGUCGCUUGCAGGGAGUUUGGUGGGUGGUAUGAGCUGGGGUGGUGUAUCCGUUGGGAGUUGGAUACGUGACGAUAUCAUAAUGACUGGCACGUCGCCAUUUACCUUCCAGUCGCCAUCUUUCCAUUCCUCAUCGUAUCUCCCGAAGCUGGAAGCGAAUUUCAUGCGAGACUUUUCGUGCUGCGGUGUGACGUUACCGACACUCCAUGACCUAUUACAACACUACGAAGAAGCUCAUGCCACCAAGUCACCCAAUCAAGGCCACCGCCCAAGCCAGGGUGAGAAUCGAGCUGCCUUAGCGGCUGCCGCAAUCGCACAGCAACAGAACCAACAGCAUGGCAGCCAAGGACGUGGCCUGCAGCCCGACCGGACCCUGGACAUGCAGCGCAAAUUGGGCCAGAAUCCAUCUCCAUUGCAGCACGCAGAUCUAGACACAAUCGAUGACAUGGAGUUGGACGAUGCCCUGGGAGACGGAGACGGCUCAGCCUCGCAGAUGUUCUCUUCUCAGCUGCAUGAGGGUGGACAGGGCGGAUAUGGUAACUCCAACCAGCAGCAGUUAAAUCUGGGUAUGCUUCCAAGCCACCAAGGAUUCAGCACACCCUCGCAGCCUGGUACACCGAUCGGAUCUGGACGACCAAUUUCACUACAGAACAAUCCGACUGUCUCUUCUGUCAACACCCCGACCUUGAUGGCCAAUCCGCUUCAAAAUUCGCAAUUCCGAAAUACGCCCGAUUCAUCCGGACCAGGGACCCCGGCCGAAAUUGACGAAAGCAUGAUGGGUGGGUUUGGUGAUCUCAGUAUGCAAAAUAACACUAUGGGCCAAAACCAGAACCAGUUUGGCCGCUUCAAUGGGAACAAUAAUGACAUGGUCGAUCUUUGCAUCGAUGAACCGGCCAAACGGCUGUUCAGCCCCAGUGGCGGCAUGGGUUCGCCCAACGCCCACUUUAAGCUCAGUGGAGCUCAAUAUGGCCCGAAUAGCGAUAUUGCACGACGGAUCCGCGAACAACAAUUGCUCGCUGGGGUCCCAGACACCACCGUUAUUCUCCCCAACGAAGAACCCAAGCCGUUCCGAUGCCCCGUUAUCGGCUGUGAGAAGGCAUACAAGAACCAGAAUGGGCUCAAAUACCACAAAGCUCAUGGGCAUAAUAACCAACAACUUCAUGACAACGCCGAUGGUACGUUCUCGAUUGUCAACCCAGAGACAUCAGCGCCGUACCCUGGCACGCUUGGCAUGGAGAAGGAAAAACCCUACCGGUGCGAGGUGUGUGGCAAGCGCUACAAGAAUCUGAACGGACUCAAGUACCAUAAAUCGCACUCACCACCCUGCAACCCGGAUUUCCAGCUUGGAGGUCGUAACCUCGCCCUCGGCGGUGGAGUCAUGCAAGGGCAGAACAUCAACGUUGCUGGAGCUGGCCUCCCUGGAAUUGGCGAAGAAGGCCUUCUGUGA